AUGAGCUCCCAGAGAGGGAACGUGGCCCGUUCCAGGCCUCAGAGACAUCAGAAUACGUUUAGCUUCAAAAAUGACAAGUUUGAUAAGACCGUUCAGACCAAGAAAAUUAAUUCAAAACUUCAUGAUGGAGUAUGUCAGCGCUGUAAAGAAGUUCUUGAAUGGCGUGUAAAAUACAGCAAAUACAAACCAUUGUCAAAGCCUAAAAAAUGUGUUAGAUGUUUACAAAAGACCGUGAAAGACUCUUAUCACAUAAUGUGUAGACCAUGUGCUUGUGAACUUGAAGUUUGCGCAAAAUGUGGAAAGAAAGAAGACAUUGUUACUCCGUUUAAUAAAGAACCAGAAAAGACAGAAAACAAUGAAAAUAAUCCACAUUUCAGUUGUAGAAGAAGCUGCAGAAGAAAUAAAGAAGAAAGUGAUGAUUUAGAUUUUAAUAUUGAUUUAGAUGACUCAGAAGAAGAUGAUAAUCAAAUAGAUUAA